GCCUGUGAGGCUGCGGCCCCGGCUUUCCGGAGUCCUAGGCUCGCCGCUGCUGCUCCCCGGGACGCUGCCGGGCGAGGAAGCCAUGAGUGCACACUCUGUGGGAGAGCGCGCUCGCCUCCGGCGCUACCCCAAACUCCCAGUGUGGGUCGUGGAGGAUCACCAGGAGGUUCUGCCCUACAUAUACCGGGCUAUUGGCUCAAAGCAUCUUCCUGCCAGUAAUAUAAGUUUUGUGCAUUUUGAUUCGCAUCCAGACCUCCUUAUUCCUGUGAAUAUGCCAGCUGACACUGUGUUUGACAAGGAAACACUUUUCGGAGAAUUAAGUAUUGAGAAUUGGAUUAUGCCUGCAGUUUAUGCUGGCCAUUUUUCCCAUAUUCUGUGGCUUCAUCCCACGUGGGCUCAGCAAAUCAGAGAGGGCAAACAUCACUUUUUAGUAGGCAGAGACACUUCUACCACAACAAUCAGGGUUACAAGUACAGAUCAUUACUUUCUAAGUGAUGGUCUUUAUGUAACUGAAGACCAGCUAGAGAACCAAAAACCUUUGCAAUUGGAUGUGAUUAUGGUAAAACCUUACAAACUCUGUAACAAACAAGAAGAAAAUGAUGCAGUGUCUUCUGCUAAGAAGCCAAAGCUAGCACUGGAAGAUGCAGAAAAUACUGCCUCUACUAACUGUGACUCUUAUUCAGAAGGACUGGAAAAGGACACAGUGACACAGCAGAGGAGCCAUACUUGUCUAGAGCAGUCAUAUCCAUGCUUUUCUGAAAGCCAAGAAUGCCAGACUACAGUCAGCACUGGGGAAAUUCUGGAAAUUCUGAAGAAAGGGGAUGCAUUUGUUUUAGAUAUUGACUUGGAUUUUUUUUCAGUCAAGAAUCCCUUCAAAGAAAUGUUCACUCAGGAAGAAUACAAAAUCUUACAAGAGCUAUACCAAUUUAAAAAGCCUGAUACCAACCUGACAGAGGAAGAUUUGGUAGAUUGUGUUGAUACUCGAAUUCACCAAUUAGAAGAUUUAGAAGCUGCUUUUGCUGAUUUGUGUGAUGGUGAUGAUGAAGAAACUGUACAGAAAUGGGCUUCAAACCCUGGAAUGGAAUCACUAAUUCCACUUGUACAGAGUUUGAAAAAACGGAUGGAAGUACCAGACUAUGAAAUGGUUCACCAGGCUGGUCUAACCUGUGAUUAUUCAGAACUUCCUCACCAUAUCAGUACAGAACAAGAAAUUGAGUAUCUUAUUCAGUCUGUAUAUUAUUUACUGAAAAAUUUACCAAAACCUACUCUUGUGACAAUUGCAAGGUCAAGUCUGGAUGAUUACUGUCCUUCUGAGCAAGUUGACACCAUUCAAGAGAAAGUCCUUAAUGUGCUGAACUCCCUGUAUGGGGCUGUAGACACUCACCUGGUAUAUUUAGCAGAGUGUUCUCCAUCUUGAAACAACAAAACACUAGGCUUCUAUAACAUCUUGAUGUAAUAACAGGGUUUUCAUUAACUUACUGUAAAUGAGUCUUCCAGAGAAAACUUAGUUUUUAUAUUAACUUUAUUAAAAUCUUUUAGGUAUUUUGAAUCUCAAACAGAUCUCAGCAGUUGUUGAAUGAUGACAAUUAUUUUCUGACAUCAGGUCUACCCUCCCUCUCCCCAAAUAAUUGUUGCUUAUUUUUCUUCCUUUCCAUCAUAGGCUUCCUCAUUUUGUGUGGGUUGUUUUCUCCCCUUAGAUCAGUUGGACUGUACAAAAUUCAUUUAUUCACUCAAUCAGCUGACCUUUAUUGAGCAUUUACAUCUGCCAAACAUAAUUAAGUGCCGGAUAUAUGGUAAUGAACAGGACAUACAAGCCCCCUGCCCUCUUAGGGGAUGGCUAGGAAACAAAUUAUGGAUUACAAGUAUCAUGAAGGAAUAACCACAAGCAUGCUUAGGCAUCCUCUUAGUACUCAGGGCAUCCUGGCAGGAUGAGAAAGUAACAUUCUCAAAAGCUACUACCAAAAAAAAUAAACAAACUUGCUAGCCCAUGAAAAUGUUGCCGGAAACCUACCUUUCCAAGACUGCCAGGGUUGUGGCGCGGCUGUUGGGCACACGCCCGUUAUUGGCGUGGAGGAGGUCUGCUUGAGUAGUCAACAAAACGAAAAUCCUCUUUGCGAAUCAGAAGAGCCCUUCAGGGCUUUUGGUGCCUCCAGACGAUCAGUAUUGGCAUCGACUGUCAUUAUAGUUCCCAGGUGCUGCUUUAUUGGCAGUCUGGGUUGGUAAUUUCUUCAAGUAAACCAGAUUUUAAUGUAAAGAGUAGAAAAAAAGAGAAAUCCUUAAUGCUGACCUACUGUAAAUACCCAAAGAUAUAACUGCCUUCCACCAGCCUCCCCAUGAGGAAGAGACCCUACCUGAGUCCCUCUGAAUCAUAGAACUUUUCAUUUGCUUAAUUUACCAAAGUCUUCCCCUCUUCAGUAUUCCCUAUGUUCAGCAAUUAUUUUUCACUACCUGAUUUUUUUUUUUU